CUCAAAAGUUUAAAUGUGUACGAAAAAACAAAACCACGUUUCAUAAUUUAUUAAAAACUCAAAUUCUUAAAUAAAAGUUAAAAAGUCUUAAGUAAAAGUUAAUAGAAGUUCGUUGUCACUAGAUUAAUAUUAUUUCACUUAACUUGCUUUUUAUUGAUUGUUGGUUGCUAUAACCUAUUUUUGUUUCAAGAUGCCAAAAGUUAGAUCAACAUCGGGUGCCCCCCGAAAACAAGGGUUUAAUAAAUCCAAUCAUUCUAUGAAUCCUGAGAGACCCAAAGAUGGGGUGAAAGGUGUAGCGAAAGUGCGUACCAAAGGUACCAUCAAGCGCUUGCAAAUGUACAGAAAUUUCAAAGCGAAAAGGGAUAAAACCGGAAAAAUCUUGACGCCUGCUCCUUUCCAGGGCUGGUUAAAAUCUGGGACCAUUGCUAGAGUUGAGCCGAAUCAGAAAUGGUUUGGCAAUAGUAGAGUUAUUUCACAGAAUGCUUUACAAAAGUUCCAAACCGAGUUAGGAGCCGCUGUAAAAAACCCUUACCAAAUUGUUAUGAAACCCACUACCUUACCUAUAACUUUGCUGAAUGAAAAAGCAAAAAACGCCAGAGUACAUUUAUUAGACACUGAGAGUUUCGAAAGCGUGUUUGGACCAAAAAAGAGCAGGAAAAGACCAAACAUCUCAGUGAAGGGAUUAGAAGAACUAACUCAGUUAGCUGAAAAAAAUGCAGGUGAAUAUAGUAACGAAAAGGAUUCCAACAUCAUUAAAGAUGACGGUGGCAUCCGAGACCUUCCCAGAGAUUGGGUUAUGGCUGCGGGUCAAUCCAGGAGGAUCUGGAACGAGCUUUACAAGGUAGUGGACAGUUCCGACGUGCUGUUACAGGUUUUAGAUGCAAGAGAUCCCAUGGGAACUAGAUCUUCGUAUUUGGAGAAAUAUUUAAGGACCGAAAAACCACACAAGCACCUCAUAUUUAUUUUAAACAAAGUGGACCUGGUGCCCACUUGGGUCACGCAGCGUUGGGUCGGUAUUCUAAGCAAGGACUACCCCACUGUUGCUUUUCACGCCAGCAUAACGCAUCCCUUUGGAAAAGGAUCGCUAAUAAACUUACUGCGACAAUUUGCAAAAUUGCACAUUGACAAAAAGCAGAUCUCUGUGGGAUUCAUCGGAUAUCCGAAUGUAGGGAAAUCGUCUGUUAUCAACACGCUACGGAGCAAGAAAGUGUGUAAAGUGGCUCCGAUCGCUGGGGAAACUAAAGUGUGGCAAUAUAUCACCCUCAUGAGGCGCAUAUAUCUCAUAGACUGUCCGGGGGUAGUGUAUCCCUCUGCUGAAACGGAUACAGAGAAAGUUCUUAAAGGCGUGGUUAGGGUGGAGCUGGUUAACAAUCCCGAGGACUACAUAGCGGCGGUUUUAGAGAGGGUUAAGCCAGAAUACAUGAAAAAGACUUACAAGGUAGACGAUUGGAAGGAUCAUACGGAAUUUUUAGAGAAAUUGGCGCAACGCUCUGGGAAAUUGUUAAAGAAAGGCGAACCGGAUAUUGCCAGUGUAGCAAAGAUGGUUUUAAACGACUGGCAGAGAGGAAAGCUUCCUUUCUACUGUUGCCCUCCGGGUUUUGAGACUCCUUUGGAAACUCCCGAAGAAGAUAAUACAAAGGAAGAGACUUUGAGUGUCGUGCAGGACUUUAGGAAGAUCCGUGUUGGUCUUACCUUCGAAGGAGAAGACGUAAAGUCGUUGGAACCUAUUCAGAACGUCGAGAAUGCCGUUGAAGAGUACUCGGAAGAUAAAUCCAGCGCCGAUUCUACUAUAGAUAAAAGUGGGAGUGUAGAAGACAGCAUUGAUGACGAUGGUGGUUCCGAUUCAGACAUCAGUUUUUAUUCUGACAUGGACAGUGCAGAGAAUGAAAAAGAAACUCAGUAUGCAGUGUCUAGUAGUGGUGCUUUUACAGUUGAAAACUUGAGCAAAGCAAAAUCGAAGAAGAGUAAAUCUGCGAAGGGCGAUGAAGAAAUAAUUUCUGGGAAAAAAUUGACGAGUAAACAGAAAAGGGCUGUGGAAAGGGCGCAGAAGAGGAAGAAGAUUGGAAGCAAUUUCUACGAAGUUACAAAUGUUAAGAACAGGAAUAGAAAUAAGAAGAAAAAAAUUGUUUAAGUUGUGUUGGUUCUCUUGUCUCUUUCUGUUGUUUAAUAAUAAUAAAGAUUUCUUUUUGA